UCUCUCUCCGUGCGCGCGCCGAACGCUCUCAGGGCGAUGAUGGCGGAAGACGAGCAUCGCUGAGUCCGCUGGCGCUUUUUUGUUAUUUCACACACACGCACACACACACACACACACACACGCACACACACACACACAGGCUCACAUACUAAUCUCGCCGAUACUAAGAAAACACUCGCCCUCCUCGGUCGGUCAGCGGAAAGGAGGCGAUGGGUAACGAAGCCAGUCUGGAGGGCGGGGACGUGGUGGGGAUGGCGGGAGCGCCGGGCUCCGUUUCAGCACCACCGGGCUCUGGACAGCUCCACAAGCCCGUCAAUGGCGCAGCGGCUGGAGCGCCUAUGAGCAGACUGUCUGGAGCGCCUCCAAGCCCCAAACCAGGCUAUGGGCCCACCAGUGGUGUUGGAACGGCUGGUGGCCUGGGCAUGGGUGGCAUGGGGGGCAUGGGAGGCGUAUCAGGACGAGGAGACCCUUACAGACUGGCCACCCAUGAAAGCCCCAGACCUUCUACGACCCCUCAGUCACAGACUCAAGCAUCCACCCACGGCAUUGGAACUGACCAAGGUCCCGGUCAGCAUGCCUCUAGACGGAACCUUCAGGUGGACUUCAGCAGCAGUAGCGUGGGACGAUCGGGUCGAUCCCCAUCAGUGUCUCCUGACCGGGGCAGUGCACCUAGCUCACCCUACUCUGUCCCCCAGAUAGCCCCCAUGCCCAGCAGUAAGCUGUGCCCAAUCUGCAACACCACAGAAUUGACCAGUGCUGAUGGAGCACCCAACUUUAAUAAGUGCACCCAGUGUCGCACUACUGUCUGCAAUCAGUGCGGCUUCAACCCCAACCCGCACCUCACAGAGGUCCAGGAGUGGCUAUGCCUGAACUGUCAGAUGCAGAGAGCACUGGGGAUGGACAUGACCACACCUCGUUCCAAGAGCCAACAGCAGAUCCACUCUCCAUCCCAUCAACCUAAACCAGAUCCCAUACCCCCCCACUCUCAGCCCUCUAUUCAACCUAAGCCACAACCACAACCACAACCUCAACCUCAACCUCAACCCCAGCACCAGCCCCAAACCCAGCCACAUUCCAAAAUUCAACCCCAGGCCCAACCUCAAGCUUCCCCAGGCCUUCCGAGACAAGCUGCAGCUGCUAGUUCUUACCAGGCUGGCCCUCAGACAGGCCCUGGACCUCAAACAGGCCCUGCAGCCUACACCGGAUCUUCUCAGACAGGAUAUCCAUAUCCAGGACAACAAUCAGGGCCCCAGGCCCCCCAAAGUCAACGUGGGGAAUUUGGCCAGAGAGGCCCUGGUGGGGUGACACAAACUGCUGCCCGUAUCCCUCACCCUGGAGCCGUGCCCUUGCCAGGCCUAGCAAAGGCACCAUCGCAGCCGGAACUUGGCCGAGGUUCUCCGGUCCACCACGGAGGCCGACCAGACCAGAUCCGGAGCGCUGGAAGUUCCCCAGCCCGUCGGCCCGCUUCAGCCCACGAGGCCUCUGCCCCCCCUCAGGACGGCCUGACUAAACUGUUCGGCUUUGGAGCAUCCCUGCUGAACCAGGCUAGCACGCUAAUCUCUGUCGACCCGCUGCCAGGAACCGCACCUUCACCUCAGUCCUCAGCUGCCCGUCAACAACAGGGCCCCAGAGUGCUCUUCAGUGAUGCUAAUGCUAAGUCUACAACAGGACCACUCAGUGGGGCCAAACCAGGGUUUCCACAGGGUCCUCAUGCCCCUCCGCAGAAGCAGCCUCAGCAACAGCCUCGGUCACAGCAACAGUCGCCUGCACACCAUCAAAAGGCGCCACAGCAGCAGUCACCGGCACACCAUCAAAAGACACCACAGCAGACACAGCAGCAGUCUCCUCUGAAGCAGGUUCAACCAGUGAGCCAAGCGCCUAAAGUCAACUGCCCGUUGUGCAAGACUGAACUUAAUAUAGGAUCCAGUGAGCCUCCCAACUACAACUCCUGCACUCAGUGCCACAAACAAGUCUGCAAUCUUUGCGGCUUCAACCCGACACCUCACCUUGUGGAGAAAAAAGAGUGGCUAUGUCUGAACUGUCAGACAGAGCGACUUAUGUCUGGUGGGAUUGACGACUCACCUCUUCCUGUUCCUCAUCCGUCUCCAAAGCACCAACCAAUGGGCUCACCACGGCAUCAAGCACCAGCCGGUCAGCAACCAGCUCAGCAGCCACCCUUUCAGAAAGUCUCCAGUAAUCAGCAGCAAGGGCCCAAGGCAAUGCCACCACAGCAGAAAGCCCCAGCAGCUCAAGAGAGUGGUCCUAUUGCAGCCAAACUGACAGGAGAUAUGAAACCCACCUCACAGCCGUCCUCCGCUCCUACAUCCACAUCAGGCAAUGAAGCCCAGAAGAAGGACAAGACAACAUCCAAACUGGACAAGGAGCCUGAGCAUGUCUCAGCAGUCACUGAGGAGAUUAAGCCUACUCACAAGAAAGGAACAACAGAACCCAUUCUAACCUCCACUCCAUCUAAAGAUGAAAAGAGAGAAUCACAGCGAUCAAGAUAUUAUGAGGAGGCGAGCAAAACAAACAGUACUCAUGACCUAUCUCGGAGCCCGCAGAGUCUGAGUGAUACAGGCUACUCCUCUGAUGGGAUAUCGAGCUCGCAUAGUGAGAUUACUGGCCUCAUCCAGGAAGAAGAGAUAAAGUUAAGUGAGAGGGGCUUGUCUGGGCACCAUACGCCACCAAGCCCCUCUGAGAUAACUAAACUUGAAAGUUCUAUGCGCCCUCUAUUAGAAUCCAAGUUAUCUUCUGAAGGACAAAGAACACGGGAUAAAGAGCGUGGAAGAGAGAGGCACCACAGAGAUACUGAUGACAGAAAGCAAAGAUCGCAUUCACUGUCAAUCAGUCCAGAGGAAUAUGAUUCGGAUGAGGAACUGGAGGAUAUCAUGGAGGAGGAGGAGGACCCGGCUGACUGGGAGGCCAAGCGAGAGCUCAGAGCAAUGGCUGCUGCAGGAGAGGAAAAGAAAAAGAAAAAAGUGGAACCUGCUGAGAUGACUGAUGAGGAAUUUAUGAGAAGGCAAAUAAUGGAGAUGAGUGCAGAUGAGGAAAAUGAGGAUGAAGAGGAGGAAGAAGAGAUGGAGGAUGAGGAAGAGGAGGAGGAAGAAGAGGAUGAAGGAUAUGGCUACCAAAAGCCAAAAAAGAUACACAAGCACAUCAGUGACUCAGGAAAAGAAAAACGUCGUCUCACUCACCAUUCAAGCAGCUUUGAGGAGGAGAGCAAAACAACCAGUGACAUCUACAAAGGAUCAGCUGAGGAGGGUGAGGAGGACAUAAUUGGAUCACAAGGAGGCUUAAGGAGAUUCAAGACUAUUGAGCUGAACAACACCAGCAGCUACAGCCGAGACAUGGAACUCAGCAAUGAAAAUGACUUAAACAUGGACAGAGAGCCUGAACUUGAAAUGGAAAGUCUUACAGGUUCCCCAGAGGAGCGCUCAAGAGGGGAGUAUUCCUCCACUCUCCCACCAACUACUUCAAGCUACACCUCAGGAACAUCUCCUACUUCUGUUUCCUCUAUGGAGGAUGACAGUGAUAGUAGUCCCAGCCGGAGACAGCGACUGGAAGAGGCUAAGCAACAGAGAAAAGCCAGACACCGGUCCCAUGGCCCACUCCUUCCCACCAUAGAGGAUUCCUCAGAGGAAGAUGAACUAAGAGAGGAGGAGGAACUCCUGAGGGAGCAAGAAAAGAUGAGAGAGGUGGAGCAGCAGAGGAUCCGAAGCACUGCCAGAAAAACAAAACGUGAUAAAGAAGAACUGAGGGCACAAAGACGCAGGGAAAGGUCUAAGACUCCUCCUAGCAAUCUGUCUCCCAUCGAAGAUGCCUCCCCAACAGAGGAACUGAGACAGGCUGCUGAAAUGGAGGAACUCCAUCGCUCUUCCUGCUCAGAAUACUCACCUUCAGUUGACUCUGAGGCUGAAGGCUAUGAAAUGUCAUCUAAGCUCUACAAGUCUGGCAGUGAGUACAAUUUGCCAACAUUUAUGUCACUUUAUUCUCCUACUGAAAAGCCAGAGACUACAUCCUCUACUACUAUUACAACUACCUCCUCAAGUGGUAAACCUCUAAAAAGUGCAGAGGAAGUUUAUGAAGAAAUGAUGAGGAAAGCAGAGAUGUUACAGAAACAACAGAAGCAACAGCAACAGUCUCGCUCAGUACCACAGUAUAGCACCAGUGCCUACCAAGAGGAGGACAGAAGAAAUGGACAACAGUAUGAUGAUGAAUAUGAGUAUAUUGACCAAGAUGAUGCUGGCUAUGAGAAUGAGGAAGCAAGUGAUAUCUAUGAGGAGAUUCGUCAGACAUCACAGAAUAUUACCAAGCAAUUAGAUGAUCAAGUGGAAAUGGAUGUGUCUUAUCCAGAUAAACAACUUCUUGACACAGGCUCAGCCUUUGCAAAACUUCUAGAGCAGAGCAAUGCCCUCCUCACUCCUGGCACAAGCCCAACACAACUGUCAGCCCCUGUGUCAUUCUCUGAAACAGGAACAGGGGGACGAAUACCUGAUGUCAGGGUAACUCAACACUUUUCUAAAGAUAAAGACCGACUUAGAAGUCAUGCUGGCAAAAAUGGUAUUACUCCUGCAGCUGCAGCUACUACUAUCACUGCAUAUGGAGUAUAUUCCAGGGAUGCUGUCACAGUCUCACAAACCAGUACUAGUCAAACAAUGACAACAACACAGUCCACCCUAUAUGGCCGCCAGACAAGCAUCACUGUCACAAAUACCACCAGUAUUUCAAGUGUGUCCAGCAAAAUUGCUGAAAUCACUCAGGCUUAUAGUCAUCGAGAGGGAAGGAGAAUGUCAGACAGCAGGGUCCAAAUGAGAGAUAGUGCAACACCACCAGAGUCAGUAGUUGAACCUCGAACUCCUAAAGUCUAUGCAUACUACAAGGGGAGCCCACCCCUUUCCCCUACUUCUCCUCCUACUCAUAGUCCAGCCCGAUCACCUUCUAGGAGAACAGCUGAAUUUUCAACUCAGACUUUCAGCCCCUCAAUGAUGGCAUCCUCUGGAGGUUCUGGUCCAACAUCUCCUGUUAAGGCACAGGCCACACAGACACCUCACAGGGCUGUCUCACCACGUCUCUUUAGACAACAGUCUUCUCAGGAUGCCCCUUUUAUGGUGAUCACUAUUGGUUCAGAGCCCAGUAGCCCAUCAAAGCCAGUUACAGUUAACACUGCCACCUCUCCCUUGUCCUCACCAACAAGGUUCAGUCGUCAGUCAACAUUUGAUGCCUACUCACCACCUGUGAGCCCCCCUGACACACCACCACACCAACAGUCACCUCAGCAUGGUUUCUACAGAACCCAUAAGAUUGAGAGAGUUAAUGUUGGGACAAGCAUGGUAACUACUGCUAGCACUUACACUCGUGGAUCACUGUCAAUGGAAAACAUAUCUCUCUGUCGCAUUUCCACAGUCCCUGGUACCUCAAGAGUUGAGCAAGGGCAAAGGUUACAGAGUGCAAGUGUGGUGGACCUAAGAACUGCUACUAAGUCAGCUCCAAUUAUUAUGACAGAUCAGGGAAUGGACUUGACUUCUUUGGCUACAGAGUCACGAAGAUACUCAGGCAGUGCUGAAGGGAGCCCCAUCCGACAUUCCACAACUAUUCAGCCCCUCAUUAUGAACUUAAAUGCCCAGGAACAGCCACAUGUUAUUGUUUCAACAGCUACAACAGUCAGUGUAACUGUUGCUGCCUCCAUGUUCAUAUCUCAACCCAAGCAUCCUGUGGUGUAUGGUGAUCCCCUUCAUAACCGAGUUGAUUUUGGCCAGGGAAUGGGAACAGUGGUAUGCCUUGCACAGAACAAACCUCCACCAGUUGACCCAUCUAUACCAAAUAUUGAUGCCAAGUUAGAAGACCUGAGUAUUCAGCAGCAGCAAUUACUUAAGCAGCAGCAGAAACUUCAGCAGCAACAGCAGCUCUUGGAACAGCAACUUCAACAACAUCAUCAACUUCAACAACAGCAGGCUGUUUCUUUUACAAAGCUUAAUCUAUCCACUCAGUUGCCAUUAUUAAAAAAGGAUCUGCUUGUCAGUCAGACAAGCACUGCUCCAGUGGUCAGUGUGAUAUCCCCAGCUGUGGCACCUGAGAUGUACAGCAUUGGUGGUCCCCUUGAGGUGAGGAGUAAGCCAGCAGAGCCUGGUGCUGUGAACCUUACAACUGUUCAGCCUCAUGUUAUGAUGGUCCAGGCAGAUGGUACUGCACAAGGAGCACCUAUGACCCAGUUGAUCAAACCAGAAGAAGGUCAGGAUGCAAUGGAUCUAACAGGGCAAAUCAAGAAAGAUAACCAGGUGGCUUGCUGUGAUGUAGUUUAUAACCUGCCCUUUGGCGGUAGCUGUGUGGGAGGUCCAUUCUCUCAAAAACCAAUGGCAGAGGAGACAACAAAUGUUACAGAGCCAUCGAGACCACCUUCUGCACCACCACAGCUCUACCAACCAUUACAGUCAAAGCAAGAUAGGCAGCCAUAUCAAGAUUUUGCUUUGAAAUCAUACACACUUCCUUUCCCUGGCCGGCUACAGCCAUCAAUGUCUGAGACCAACCUAGCAGAAGCAGGGCUGCAAUCUUACUCAUCAAAGCUUGACCCACAUUUGCAAGUUUCUGGAGAGUUAGCCAUGGAUUUAAGCUCAGUGAAGCAUGGCUAUGAAGGAGGAUAUUUUGGCAUGGGACUUCAGUAUGGCUCCUACACAGAUCUUCGUCAGGGUGAUGUGUCAGUUCCACCUCUACCUAUGAGAAGGUAUAGCUCCUUGUCCAAUAUUAGUUCAGAUUAUGGAUACUCUUCACGUGACCUUGCUAGUUUCCAGGAGGCUAACCUUGCCCAAUACAGUGCCACUACUGCUAGAGAGAUUAGUCGAAUGUGCGCAGCCCUUAAUUCAAUGGAUAGAUAUGGCAGCAACCCCAAUCUUUUACAGUUAGGUACUGGACGAGGAGGUGGUCCUCCUAGCAGAAUUAAUGUGCAGCAGGGUCCUAGACCUAGCUUCAUGUACGGCCCUGAUGGAAAGCCUCUUUCCCUAGCUCUCACUAAUCUCAUCAAUGCCAGGCAAGCAAGCCUUAGAGCUAUGUAUCCAUCAGCUAUUAGGUCAGCAGAUGGUAUGAUCUAUUCAACUAUCAACACACCUAUUGCAUCUACUGUACCAAUAACAACUCAGCCUGCUUCUGUGUUGCGUCCAUUACUAAGAGGUGUUUACAGACCAUAUGCCACACCAAAUAUGACACCAGUACCUUUGGCUAGCCUCUCAAGAAUGCCUGUGGCACCCAGGAUGCCACUCACAGGGCAAGCACCUUAUCGUUUCCCAGCACCCAGCCAUCUUCCUGUUACCACUAGUGAAGCAGUUGCAGUUACAACAGAGCAGGAUGUACCUGUCUAUCUUGGAAAGUCUCCAGUAAGCUCAUCGACUUCUGGGACAACUGCAGCACUAACUCAGACAACACCAAUGCCUGUCUUAACACAAGUGGUUGCUCCAGCAAUCCAAUCUCACCCUCAGCAGCAGCCAAUGAACCUAUCUCAGCCAUACAUUCACACCCAACCUCCUGCCCAACAGCCUCCAACUUCACAGCCCCAACCUCCACCUGCUCAUUCUUAUCCUCCUACUCAACUUCUAACCCAGUCUGUUUCACAGCCACCUCCUUUGACACAAGCAACUGCAACUACAGCCACAGCUCUGGGAGGCCCUCCACCAGAAAAGGAGACAGAUGAGGAAAGGCUACAUCGUCAACAGGAACAGUUACUGCAGUUAGAAAGAGAGAGAGUUGAGCUGGAAAAAUUGAGGCAACUGCGGCUCCAGGAAGACCUUGAGCGGGAACGUGCAGAAUUGCAACGGCACCGUGAAAAAGAGCAUAUGCUGGUGCAGCGGGAAAUUCAGGAGUUGCAAAACAUCAAGCAACAGGUUUUACAGCAGCAGCAGGUUGAGAGAGAAAGUCAACUGGUUAUGCAAAGAGAGCAACUGGCACAGCAGAAACAACAGCUUGACCAGAUACAGUCUCUGCAACAACAGCUUCAGCAACAUCUCGAAGAGCAAAAGAGACAAAAGACUGCGGCUGCAGUAGCCGCAGUCAGUGCUAGCACCCAACUUAUCUGUGACCAAACUGGCAGAAUAAUUCAGCCACAAGACCUACCCCCUGAUAUGCAGUAUGGGGAUAUUCAGGUCUCUUCCAGAUCCCUGCCUAACUCUUCAUCAGAGAUGUGCCUAAGGAAUAAUGAGGGGCAAGCAGAUAAUAGGUCUAUGCGGAAACAGAGAUCUAUGCCUCGUCUACAAGAUGGGGUUGACGGAGAGGUAACAAUGUUUUCCCUGCCCCGUAGAAUUGUAGACAGCAGUGUGCAAACAGAUGAUGAGGAUGGAGAGGACAGAUAUCUGAUGUCCAGAAGAAGAAGGACUAGGCGCAGUGUGGAUUGCAGUGUUCAGACCGAUGACGAUGAAGACAAAGCAGAGUGGGAGCAACCAGUAAGACGGAGACGUUCUCGGUUUUCCAGACAUUCUGAGUCUGGUGUUGACUCUAAAAAUGAAACUCCCACUUCAACUGCAGCUGCCAAAGUUGCGUCCUCUAGUAUUGCCAUUCAAACCAUUCGGGACUGCUCUUGCCAAACAGAAAUAGAGCAGCUAGGGAGAAUAUCUCCAGCCAUACACGUCACUGUGCCAGACCCUAACAAAGUUGAGAUUGUCCACUAUAUUUCUGGACCAGAGAGAACUCAGAAGGGGCAAAGCUUAGCUUGCCAAACUGACCCUGAGGCCCAAUCUCAAGGUGUUGUAGUACCUCAAAUUAGUGUUGCCACUACAAUUAGCCCAUAUUCCAGCAGUGUCCAACUUGUGGGGUCAGCAGAUCCAAUGUCGCCUCGUCAACAGGGUGUUGCGAAGUUUGAAAGACGGAAACCAGAUCCCUUGGACAUAGGCUACCAGCAACAUCAUCUGCACAACGAGUCGCUGUCCAGUGUGAUUCGGCAACCACCCAAAUCCCCUCAGGUGUUGUAUUCUCCUGUAUCUCCUCUGUCUUCACCACACCGCAUCAUAGAGACAUCAUUCUCAUCUAGUGAGAGGCUGAAUAAAGCCCAUGUCACUCCGCAGCAGAAGUCAUAUACAGCUGAGUCACCACAGAGGCACCAGAGUCUACCUCGGCCAAUGAAGAAUGUCCAGAGAUCCAUGUCAGACCCCAAGCCCCUCAGUCCCACAACAGAUGAGCAAACCAAGGCUAGGAUUUCCCUUUACCAGCAACAAGCACUUCAUAGUCAGUUGGCAGCACUCCAACAGAGCUCCCUCCUGAGGAAGGUUAAACGGACCCUACCCAGCCCCCCGCCCGAGGAGACUCAGCUGCCCAUGGUCGCCCCUGCCCUGCCCCAGAUGUAUGUGCCCUCUGUGCCCUCCCUGAAGGCAGGUUCCCGGCCAAGCCUGGCAGCCAAGGCCAGCCUCCUGAAGGACCUGACCCAUGAGCUGAAGGCAGUUGAGCAGGAAUCCACUAAACUACGGAAACAGCAGGCUGAGCUGGAGGAGGAGGAGAAAGAGAUUGAUGCCAAACUUCGGUACCUGGAGAUGGGCAUCACCCAACGAAAGGAGACUCUGGUGAAGGAGAGGGAGAGGAGGGAGCUGGCAUACCUACGCUGCAUGGGUGAUGCACGAGACUACAUGUCAGAUUCUGAACUGAACAACCUUCGUCUGGCAGCUGCAGCCGCAUCCUUCGAGAGUAACGGGCUUCUGACCAGACCAAGCACAGCACCACUCAGCCAAUUUACCAGUGAGCUGAACACUGCUGCACAGUUUCCCCCUACAUCAUCCUUUGUGUCUUACCAAUAUCCACAAAGCCAGUCAACUGCCCCCGCCCCACAAGCCUCCACAUUCCAGAGUACUGGAUUCAACCAGCCUCCUUAUCCUACAGUCUCCCAGGCCCAGGCUCUCCCCCAGCCCACACCCAUUCAGACCCACCAUCCUACCCCAUCUUAUCAGGCUCAAGGGACCUUCCCUUCCCAGAGCUUCCCCCAAAGCCAACCACCAUACCCAACAGAUCAUCCAGUGCUACCUCCAACCCAACCAAGCCAUCCAGGGUUCCAGCCUCCUCCACAACCACCUGUUGGCCCAACUCCUUAUCCAACCCACACAACGCCAUACCCGAGCCAGGCUCCCCCCUACCCGGUCAGCCAGGCGAGUACCUACCAGCCACCGGCAGAUAUAUUAACUGUCCACCAAAGGCCACGGCAGACCUCUCUGGCUGACCUUGAACACAAGAUGCCCACUAAUUAUGAGGUUAUAAGCAAUCCUACUGUUGUAGUAACAACCACUGCUCAAGAUUCUACCUAUAGCCAAUCUGGUUUGGCUCCAUCUUAUGGACAGUACAGCACAACCAUGGCAAGCACAUAUGGGCCAUACUCCACCUCAGUUUCAAGUACUUAUGGUGGGUACUCAAGUACCACAGCGAGUUCAUAUGGGCCAUAUACAACAACUUCAUCAAGUAGCUAUGGGCCGUACACUACUACCAUAGCUAAUACCUAUGGAUACACAACAACUACAGCCAGUUCCUAUGGACAGUAUACUACUACUACUAACACUUAUGGGCAAGCAACACUGUCUGACCAUCUACACUCAGUGGAUAGCCCCUCCACUUAUACUGGUGAUGGCCUCUAUGGUUCUUCCAACCUUGAGCAGAAUGUCCCUAGGAACUAUGUAAUGAUUGAUGACAUCAGUGAGCUAACCAAAGAGGGCAUGGGCACCACCUCAGACCCGCAUCGCAGUGAGGGCCACGGGCGUUAUGGGGGUGACGGACUCCACACGCGAGGGGGGAGCUCCUACGGCAGACCAGAGGAUGAACGUGACGCAGAGAUGUACGACCAUCACCAUGGCAGGGGUAAGAGCACCGGCAGCUACCAAGCGCGAGGGGCAGAUACGCAUGGCCGGGUAGUGGGCAGCAGUAGCAUGGGUGGGGGAUCCUCAUAUUACUAUGAUGACUACAAACACUCAACAACCUCAAGGGCAGCCCAGAGGCACUCCUCAAAGAGCCUGGCCCCAGCUGUCAUGUCCACCAAGAGAAGCAAGCAUCGUAAGCAAGGCUUGGAGCAGAAGAUCUCCAAGUUCUCCCCAAUUGAGGAGGCUCGUGAUGUGGAGGCUGAUCUGGCCUCAUACACCAUGAGCACCUCCACUACAAGCGGUUAUGGUACAGGUUCCCGUUCACGGAAACUCCAAGAUGAAAUCUACGGGCUGCGACAGACUACUUAUGACUCACAUCGGGGCUACUAUGAUGAUGAACGUCUCUAUGGCUAUGGCAGGUCCCGCUCAACUGGUUAUGGCAUGGAUAAAAUUUCUUCUCGGGAGACAGGCUACCGAAGCAGGUCUUAUGAACGGGACUAUACAGACCGGUCAUACAGAAGCAGCUAUGGCCGAAGCGGGCGCCCCACUUUACGCUCUCAAUAUUCUGAAGAGGAGAGCCCACUUAGUCCCAUGGGGAAGCUAAUGGGCAGUAGGCGGGGCUACUACGAUCCAACUAAUCCAUAUGGCUCAAGCCACUCUCUCCCUGAUGUGCAGGACCAUAUUCGAGACCUGCCACGGACCCAUGUCUACAAACCUGAUGAUAUGUACAUAAUAGACGAUAUGUAUUGCGCUGUGUCUGACAGCGAAGCAUACCAUCUGGGCCAGGAGGAGACUGACUGGUUUGAGAAGCCGCGAGAUGUUCGUGGGUCCCGUCACUAUGGCAGCAGUCAUUCCUCCUCUGGGAGGCGUGGACAUGUCAAACACACAUACCAUGACUACGAUGAACCACCGGAAGAAGACCUUUGGCCACAAGAUGAAUAUGGUCACUCUCGGCACACAUCCAGUAGAGAGCACCGUCACCAUGGUAGUGGAAGUUCUGGCAGGCAUUCAUCCUCCCGCCACUCUGACGAGCCACGCUCUUCUCGAUCAUCACGCUCCUCAAAGGAUCAGUCCAUGCGUCAUGACUCCCGUUCCAUGUCCUCAUCUUCAGGGAAGAGGGGUGAUUCUCGCUCUCAGGGCUACCACUCCUCUGAUUACUCCCGUGACCCUUCAGGCCACCACCAUGGCUCACGCUCUGGGAAACAGUCCUCACACCACCAAAGUUCUUCCAGCAGGAAGCAGCAGGAUCUCCAGGGUCACCCAUCCACCUCUAGACAGCCAGGUUCAACUGGUUCAGGGCAGAGGGCUGCAGGUGGACCCUCAAGCUCAAGCCGGCAGCCCGGGUCCCAGCAGCCUCCUGAUGCACAGCAGGGCCAGCGAACACAGCUACAACAGCAGGCACAAACAUCCGCAGCCAGACCAGGACAGCAGACACCUGCAGGGGGUCCUGUGCAGCCACAGCCUGCACAAGGCCAGCAACUCCAAGCCAAACCUGGCCAGACUGGGCCAGCUGCACGGCAACCUGUCGCGGGAGCACAACCUGCACCUGCUACAGCUAAGCCUGAGCCUGCUCCGAUCACUGCUAUUGGAGCAAAAGCAGCCACCACCCAACCUGCCAAAGCAGCUCAGCCUCCGCUCACAGGGAUAGGCUCUAAGGCAGCUCCAAGGCCAGGCGGAAUUGGCAGCGCUGCAGCAGGUCAGCCCGGUAUGGAAGGAGAAAGCAUGCUGUCUAAGAUCCUGCCUGGAGGAGCCGCAGAGCAGGCGGGCAAACUGGGAGAAGCAAUCUCUGGAUUUGGCAAGAAGUUCACCUCCCUGUGGUGAAAUGAUACAACUAAAGGGUGUCUACAAAAAUGAUGGAAGAUGUUAUAAGGCUUUGUACUGGAAAAACCUAUGAAGUUUCCCUUCUACGUUUUAAUUUAAAAGAGAGAGUGUGAAAGAAGGAGAGAGAGAGGGAGAGAAGUAAUCUUGGUGCACUGCCAUCCAGGACUGGAAUCACAGGAGGCUUUUCACUCUAGGCCUGGGUACAUGAUCACAGAGGGACUACGCUGCUUUCCUCUGGCAGGCCAGACAGUUGCUCAGAGGUUGGAUUCAUACAAUCAUGUUCUGGCAAGCCAACACAACCAAAGAUAACUCACCUCCAGAUCCCCUUCUACAACCAUGGCAGCCUGUGAGCUUUUCUUCUAGGCCACCAGGGGGCAGUGUACCAUGACAGUGGAAGACAAAGGUCAAACUCUAUCCACUCCUGCUCCAUCAGCUGGGUAAAUGGGCCACUCCAAAAAAACAAAAAACCCAUCUGUACCCCUGGGCACCUCGGUGUUGCUAAUAUAGACAUGGCUGCAUGGAUGCUGUUUUGGAAGAAAGGGAGCAGGAAAGUUCUCGCUUCAAGAGUUUCAAGCACAGAAACCAACGCUUGCAACAUGGUGACGGCACGUGGCUCGCCAGGAUUCGUGAUUCCAUGUUCCUGUAGUUGCUUAGAUAACAAACUUGACUCCCCUCUCAUCUCAGGGAUGGUAGAAAACACAGUGAAAGUAAAUCAGCCAAAACUUCAUAGGUUUUUCCUCUCCUGUAAAUGACCCCUUUUUUUUGGUUUGGACGUGAUUAAAAAAAAAAAUUCGAGAAAAAAAUCAAAGGAAAAGUGAAAAACGUCGACGCUGACAACCCAAACGUCUCCAUCGUAUGCUCAGUUUCUAACUACAUUCCAGAAUGGAAAAAAAAAUUCCUUUCUUUUUCUUCUCUGAAUGCAGACUCUUGUUUCUCUAUUCUCUUGCGAUGUGUUUAAGAAGUGGACAGUGGAUUCAGAAUGCAUGUAACUUUAUAUCCAAGACCUUACACUGUUCACCAAUUGGAUGAGAGUGGCCAUAAGACGCCGAGGCUUCAGAACAAAGCUAAAGGCCGAAGGAAUUCCCGCACGAAGAAAGGGCGAACACACGCAGGACACACACUUGGACGGAGGACUGAAACGGUGUUGUUGGAGAGAGAUUUUGAGGCUAGGACCGGUCAGUUAGCCAUUGCAAAGCCAUUAAGGAACCACCCCCAGCGCUGGGAUCCGGUUCUGUCACAACUGUUCUACUAUGUCGGGACUCCGGUGUUUCUGAGGAUUUUUGUUGUGCGGUCUGAUGUCCUUUUAAUUUCAUUGCCUAAUUUCUUUUCUUUCCUUGGAGUCGCCUUAAACAUUACGACUGAUUUGAUGUUUUCAGGACAUGCUUUUUUUUUUUUUUUUUUUUUUUUUUUAAUAAUUAUUAUGAUUUUGCACACUGGACACUGCUUGUAUAUAAUAACAACAACAAUGGGAAGUGUAUUUAUAUUUUUUUGGAUUUAGAUUGUCUUUAUUUUAUAAUUUUGAUUAUUUUUAUUCAUUGUUUUUAUGGUCGUCUUAUACCUUUU